UCCACAGCUGCACGAGACACGGACACGCAUCGCGGCACGCGCACGAGCAGCAAAGGAAAGCCAGGAGCAUGCACGCCGACAUAACCAUCAAAUGACAACCGGGCACGUGCUGUCGUAUUUAUCUGGUGCGGAGUCAACAUUGAAUUCCGUGCGUAAAAAGCUUUCCGUCGCGCGCCGGAGCGACUUGAGAACAGGCUGCAGCUCACAGCCCGUUGGUGUUUCGCAGCCUGCAGUCAGACAGUUGCCGGGGACGCACGUUGUAAAAUGAGGUUGGGAAGCAUAAUUCUAUUCGUCGCCCUCUGCUCGCUCACAGCUUAUUAUAUUUAUGAGCCCAUUCCCGAGGAGAUAGAGGAGAAAUGGAAACUCAUGCUGACCAACUGCUUCUUCAGAAGUCUCAGCCACCUGGCGGACCUCAGUGAACUACUGGGGCUGAAGGACUACAUGGGGGUAAUGUACAUCAUUACUCUGGCCGAAAGGGUGGUGCCCGUGUCCGACGAGCACGUCAAGGUGACGGAGGAGAACUUCGACGGAGUGGAGGUGGUGAUCUACCAGCCGAGGCAACAGGGCGAUGGCGAAGAGCUCCGGAGAGCCAUCAUAUACCUGCACGGGGGAGGAUGGUGCCUCGGCAGCUCCCGAAUGAGUCCAUACGAUCUCCUGGCCAGAAAAUUAGUCACUGAGCUCGAUGCAGUUGUUCUUUCUGUGGAGUACCGCCUUGCCCCCGCUCACCACUUCCCCGUCCCGUACGAGGACGUUUACCGUGUGGUCAAACACUUCCUCCAGAAGGGGGUGCUGGCCCAGUACUCUGUGGACCCAGGACGCACGGCUGUGUCUGGGGAUAGUGCUGGAGGGAACCUGGCCGCUGCCGUCUCUCAACAGUUACUGAAAGAGCCUGGACAACAGAUCCAGCUGAAGGCCCAGGCGCUCAUCUACCCAGUGCUGCAGGCGCUGGACCUCAACACUCCUUCAUAUCAGCAGAACCAGGACAUGCCCAUUCUACCCCGGACCCUCAUGGUGCGGUUCUGGAGCGAGUACUUCACCAGCGACAAGGCUCUUUUCAGAGCCAUGAUGGCGAACACCCACAACAGCCCCGAGUCCUCCAGCCUGCUGAAGUUUGUCGACUGGAGCGCCUUCCUUCCUGAAACGUACCACAGAGAAUACAACUACAGUGCGCCCGCUGUGGUGCAGGGAGUCGGAGGGGAGGCAGUCGGACCGUCGCGAUCAUUGGCCGACCCGAGGGCGUCACCGCUGCUGGUUCCAGACACGGCCUUACGCUCCCUGCCCAAGGCCCUCAUCAUGACCUGUGAGUAUGACGUGCUCCGAGAUGACGGCAUCAUGUAUGCCACGCGGCUCCGGGCUGCUGGUGUCGAGGUGUCACAUGAACACUAUGACACGGGAUUUCACGGAGCGCUGAUGUUCACCGUGUGGCCGACCGACUUCCUGAUUGGACGCCGCAUGACAGACAACUAUAUCAAGUGGCUCAAGGAGAACUUGUAAAAACUCCUGACUUAUCGCCUCAACGCACCAAUGUUUGUUGAGGUGCAAUUUGUUCUCCUUCUGGUGUUUAACUUUUUAUUGUUUAAUUCUUAUUUGUUGGUCAGGCUAUAUUUCUGUAAAUAUACUUAGAAAUAUGUUAACUUCAUUUAUUGGCCCACUAAUUCAUAAAAUAGCAGGUCAGGAAAUGAGAAUUUGAAAUAAUAUUUGAAAGUAUUUCACAUAUACUAGUUUGAGUAAAAAGCAAUACAUAUGAAAUUAGAAUGGCACUAUAGAGGGAACCCCUCAGCCUCAUUUGCAGAGAAUCCACAUGAACCUUUAUUGGGUUCUUUUCCGACCGACUGCAGCUUUCUACUGAGUCUCAUGCUAAUCAGCCUUGUAGCUUCGGUGUAAUCCUCAAAAACAAACAGAUUCAUUCUCUUAGGCGGAGGUAAUCAUCACUUGUACACACACAUGCACAACAAUCAUCAAAUUACCCCGAGAAAUGUGAAGGGAAAAGAAGUCAAAACCUGCAACAUCGCUAAAGUUGUUAUUGGUUUGGUCAUUAAUCUAUUUUUAGCUGACUAACUGGCCCUGGCUCAUUCCUCCAUCCCCCUGCAGGACCUGCUACCUGUCCACUGCCUCAAGAUCAUAUUAGUCAUGCAUACCAGUCAUUACACAAAUUGCUUUCCCAUUAGAGGUUUGCAGAAUCCAGGAAAAAUCUUGGCAAAGCAGAACAGGAUCGUUACAUCAGCAGAAAAAUACAGUCGCCUCGGCCAAAGUUCACAUUCAUCACUGAGCGCAAGCUGACACUGAAACCUGAGAACGUGUGGAUGUUUUUGCAAAAUCAUGUCUCACGUGUGAAGGUCACUGACGUUGAUUUAAAAAAUUUGGCGAGCGCUGUUUUCUGAAAAAGAGCAAAAACAAGGACAGAACUAAACCUGAGUAGUUUGAGCAACUAAACAAAUUACAGCUCACUUAUGCUGGUAUAGUAACUAUGGUGCAAUUCAAUGGUAUAACUGCAUCUAGUGUCAUUUACACCCACAUGCAACAAAGUAACAAAAUAAAUACAUGUUUCUGCCUGUUUGCAUUGUAGCAUGAGGGCUACACCCAAAUAAAUGUGAUAAGCCACAUUCCACACAGAGUAUUGCUAUUUAUGUCAGUUAGAUACAAGUAGAGCAGAUGCUAUAGCGACCUCUCAGCAGUCCUCACAUCAUGCAUAUACAUUUGAUGAAUGGAAAAGAGACAGUGUUGCACUCUGUUAAAGAGAAAGAGAAUCCUUCCAACACGUUUCAUGCUUAUCACUGUUACUUUUGUGUGUUGUGUUUCUAACUAACAUGCAAACAAACAAACUAGAAUAGAACUCCUGCCUCAAGGCCGUCAAGCCCAUGAAUCAUUGUGAGAAAUUAUUGAAAAUGAAAUUGAACCAUGCCUGGAUCUGCCCCCUCAUCCAGAUCCACCCCAGGAUUUGUUGGGUGUUUCCUCGGCUCAUGGUCGUGCCUCACUUCAUCAAAAUUUCAUGGGAAUUGGUUGAGUAAUAAAUAAGCUAGAAUUUCGCCUUGGCUCCUGUUAGAGGAGGUUGUAAGACCAAGUUCUUGCUUCAUGAGGAAAUGAUGACAUGAAACUGUGUGUAGUAAGAAGAUUAAGUAAAUGCCUAGCACAUUUAUUACAUGCGUAUGACUGAUCUCACUGCAGUUUGUCAUUCAACCUUUAGCCCCUAAAGUCCAAAAAUGACUUGAAACCAUAAACUUGUCUCCCCCUGUUUAUCUUUAUGUCUGUGGGAGAACUCACCUUGUGUCUUCUGGCUAUCAGAAAGAUAACAGGGAGGUAAAGGUUGAAAUGAGCUUAGUUACAGUUGGUAUGAAACAGAAAGGAUUUUCUUGACUCAGCUUUUAGGCUCGUCUUUAUUUCGAUGUUUUCCCUCUGUCAUUUUCGUUCCAGUGACUCAUUUAGAAAAAAGAGAUUAAAACAACCUCUUAAAGUAUGUAACUUUUCAAACAAGUCAAAGCACUGCUGAGAAACGUGGCUCUUUUCAUUAAGCACUGCUUCGUUUUCAGUUGUAAAUAUUACUCUUGCUAUGUGUGUGUUGGAUUCCUUCUUGUAGAGAGUUUGAUUUGCAUUUGCAUUUUGAUGUCAUCUGACAAUAAAUUGACUUGACCUUUUACCAUCAA